AUGAACUCAACAGAGAAGUUCUACUUUCCCGUUGAUGGCAUCCUCGAAGUGUUCAACUCUUUUACCGGGCAUCCCCAGCCACGAAUUGCGCACCAAGCUCUGCAGAGCGCAGCUCUCAUCCCGCGAUUUCAGCCACCCAAAGUAUCACACAUAACUAAAACAGGUAUGGGUAUAUUUAAAACUGUCAAAGGGUGCUGGAGACGGCAGGAUAAGAGAGUGGUCUCCAGGAGAUCUUUAAAUUCUGGGCAUCGGCAGAUGUCGACUGAUCGUCUCCCUAAAAAGCCGGUGGACCUGACAGAGUUGGGCGCUAUGCAGCCUAAGAACUGCCAAAGAAUUGUAGUACUCGGGGCGCCAAGAGUUGGUAAAACCAACAUCCUCCGGCGGUUCUUGGGAGAAGAAUAUGAAGAACAAUACGAUCCAACUACUGAAGACUUUUACCGCAAGAUGUUUCACAUUGGAGGGGAAACAUACCAGAUCGACCUACUAGAUGCGGCAUCAGAGAGGGACUUCCCAGCAAAACGGAGACUGUCCAUAUUGACAGGUAAUAUUUUUGUCCUUGUCUUCAGCUUGGAUGACAGAGACUCUUUGACUGAGGUCCGCGAGAUGCUCAACGAAAUUAAAGAAGCCAAGUCAAAAUUACAAAAGUCCAACCAUCUGGCUAGAUUUCCAGCUGUGGUGUGUGCCAAUAAAGCGGACCUUGACGCACAGAGAGUCAUCAGCACCUUAGAAGUGAUGGACAUCCUCGGCGAGGACGCGCCUUUCUUUGAGAUCUCCGCUAAAACAGGCGCCGGACUGGAGAGUACCUUUGCGGCUCUCGCCGCGCUCGGCGGGCUUCCCAAUGAAAUUAGCCCCUCUCUGCAUCAGAUCGUUCCCAUCCUGACCUACCAGUCGAUGUGCAUUGGCAAGAGGGGCAUGAGGAGGGGGAGGCACACGCGGGGACUCGGUGCUCCCUGCGCCGCAGUGGAUCCCCUUGCGCAACGCCCGAGCUUCACCAGCGACCUGCGGCUGGUGCUUGGAUCAAGCACCAAACACAAGAAACCCGAGAAGUGUCAGAUUCAAUGA